GCGAGAGAUCAAAUAUGGCGGCGUUAAGGAGCUUCGGAUCGUGGUCUUCACUUUGUAUAAAAGCUUCAAGCGCGUCGAAUUAUCUUCAUAACACGACGGUGCAACGUCGAUACGCUCAAGGUGUUGUUCAAUCCGCUUCCUUUUUGAUGCAACAACGGGAGAGAAAAAGGAAAAGAGACAAUAAAAAAAAGAAACCUAAAAUAAAUCAGUGGAUAUAUAAGAAUAUCCCUGGAAACUUGAAGCUAAGAAGUACAUAUACAGAUUGGCCAUCUGUUUUCACUGGACCUCAGUCAUAUAAUCCUGCUACAAUUCCUGUUCUCUUCAGAAUGGGACGAAUGAAACACAACAAAUAUGGCCAAGACCGUCCCAAAGGAGCAAUUGGAAACAUAGAACUAUCCAAGAUACCAACCUUUUUUCACUUAGCUCCUCCUGCUGUUGAAAGACACUGUCAGGCUCUAAAGUCAUUAUGUACUGAAUGGCCAAGCAAUCUCGACCAAUCAAGUGCACCAUUGCGAGUAACAACCAAAAAUUACUUAUUUGCUGGACCAUCACUUCAUCAUCCAGGAUCAAGAGUGGUCAAACUUCAGGUUUACUUGAGAGAUCUGGUUCUAGAUGAUCAUGCCAGAAAGAAGUUGAUUGAACUGGUGGAGGAUCGCUAUGAUCCAGAGACUGAUGAGCUUACAAUUGUCACAGACAGAUGUCCAACAAGGAAACAGAACCGGGAUUAUGCCAUGUAUUUGCUAAGCGUACUUUAUCACGAGUCUUGGAAAACCGAACCAUGGGAAGCUGAGGCGAAUAAAGAAGAAGCAGAAAGCGACGACGAAGAUGAGGAAGAAAUAAUGCAGUUGAAAAAGAAACCCAAAAAACCAAGACCCUUAAAGCUUAUUAACGGAGAAUUGUACAGGGUCAACAAGUUCGGGAAAUAUUUUAAACUGUUUAUAAACGAAAAAGACUAGAAUGGAAGAUUAGAUCGAGAGAACUUUUAUCCACUCGGUUUUCUUAAAUUGCUUGCAACGAAUGCUUUUGUACAAAUGUGUGACUUCGUUUGAAUCACCAUGCAAUGCGUGGAACAGAUUGCUUUAUCACCUGGGAAGAAUUCCAGUCUUCAGGUGCACUGAGAACACUUUUGCAACUGAUGAUAGAAGAAUGGAAGACUCGGAAUAUACCAAUGGUCGAUGUGGCAUUGGAAAACUAACUGAGAAUUUUACCGGAACGAAUUGGAAAAAUCGUAGAAGAGUGUCAACAAUUAUUUUAUUGUUCUUUUUCUCUGAUAAGAUUGACUGUAGAGCGGAAGAGGAGAAAUAAUAUUUUUUCUGAAUACGUA